CUUCGUUCUUUUCUUUCUUUUUUAAUUGACACUCAGAUUCUGUGAAGGAUUUAAAAAAAAAAAAAAAAGGGGGGGAAAUCCAGGAUUGUGCGUCUUUUCUGCGCGGCUCCUGUGGCUCAUCGGGACUGGAGCAGGGCAGCAUGGAGCCGGCCUGGCUUCUUGGAUGUAUUGGGGAUGUUUGGGAGGCGCUGGUGCUGAUGCUGAGGAGGAGGAGGAGGAGGAGGAGGAGGAGGACGGGAGCAUCCUACCUGCUGCUGCCGCUUCUGCUGCUCUGCUGGGUGCUGGAUGCUCACACCACAGCGCACGCCGCCGAUGCCUCGUCGUCCUCCUCGCCGUCCGGCCUGGGGGGUUUUGUGGACUUCACUUUCACGCGGGAGCCUCAGGACUCGGUGACGGUGCGAGGCGGCGUGCUGCAGCUGGACUGCCAGGCGCAGUCGGACGCGGCGGGAGGACUCCCCACCAUCACGUGGCGUAAAGACGGCGUGCUGCUGAGCACGGUGGUGGACGAGCGGCGGAGGCAGCUGGCUAACGGCUCGCUGCUGGUGCAGAACGUGGUGCACUCGCGGCACCACCGGCCCGAUGAGGGGGAGUACCAGUGCCUCGCCACCCUGGAAGGACUGGGAAGCAUCGUGAGCCGCAGAGCGAAGGUCACAGUCGCUGGUCCUCUGAGGGUGGUCGUCCCCACCGAGUCCGUCUCCUCCUACCUGGGCGACACCGCCCUGCUGCGCUGCGAGGUGUCCGGAGACCCCACGCCGGUCAUCCGCUGGCAGAAGAACCGGGACGACCUGCCGCUGGCCUUCGAGCCCGAGUCGCGGCUGGCCGUGCUGCCGUCCGGCUCGCUGCAGGUGAGCCGCGUCCAGCCCCCGGACUCGGCCACGUACCGCUGCCUGGCCGACAACCCCGGCAGCACCCGGACGGGGACGGACGCCGAGCUGCGCGUGCUCCCAGAACCCGGACUGAACCGCAGCCUGCAGUUCCUGCAGCGUCCGUCCAGAGUGACGGCCCUGCUGGGAACGGACGCCGUGCUGGAAUGUUCCGCUUCGGGAUACCCGACUCCCAGCAUCCAGUGGAGGAGAGGGGAGGAGCUGAUCCAGAGCUGGAACAAGAAGUACUCUUUACUGGCCGGAAGCAACCUGGUCAUCAGGAGCGUGACGGACGACGACUCCGGCACGUACAGCUGCACGGCCGCCAACAAGAACCACAACAUCACGGCGCAGGCCGAGCUCGGCGUGCUGGUGCCUCCUCAGUUCCUCAACUACCCGACCAACACGUUCGCCUACGAGUCCACCGACAUCGAGCUGGAGUGCGCCGUGACAGGCAACCCGCCGCCGACCGUCCGCUGGGUGAAGAACGGAGAGGAAGUCAUCCCCAGCGACUAUUUCCAGAUCGUGGACGGCAGCAACCUGCAGAUUCUGGGCUUGGUGAAGUCCGACGAAGGAUUCUAUCAGUGUGUGGCUGAAAACUCUGCCGGCAGCUCGCAGGCCAUGGCUCAGCUCCUGCUCCGAGAGCCAGUGUCCCCCAGCCCGGGCGUUGCCCUCCCCUCUGCCCCCCGCGACCUGGUCCCUGUCCUAGUGUCCAGCCGAUUUGUCCGCCUCAGCUGGCGCCCCCCAGAGGAGGCCGAAGGAGCCGUGCAGACUUACGGCGUGUACUAUUCUCAGGACGGAGUGGAGAGGGAGCGAUCGGUGAACGUGUCGGAGCCCGAGUCUUUGGAGCUGACCGUCUCCAACCUGAAGCCAGAGGAGAGCUACAGCUUCAGGGUCGUCGCUUACAACCACGUGGGGCCUGGAGAGAGCUCCGCCCCCCUGAAGAUCACCACCAAGCCUGACCUCCAGGUACCCAGCAGGGUGGAGUCCCUCCAGGCAGUGGCUCUGUCUCCCACCUCGGUCCAGGUCAGCUGGGAGCCGCCCAGUCAUCCCAACGGUCCCAUUCUGGGAUACCGACUGCUGUGGACCGAGAGCCCGUCGGGCAAAGAGCAGAAUGUGGAGGUGACUGGACUCAACUACAAGAUGGAGGGCCUCAACAAGUUCACGGAGUACACGGUUCGAGUUCUGGCCACCAACCGCUACGGAUCGGGCACGGCCACGGACGGCGUCAGCGUCACCACCCUGUCGGACGUGCCCAGUGCUCCUCCUCAGAACAUCAGCCUGGAGGUGGUCCUGUCCAGGAGCAUCAAGGUGUCAUGGCAGCCGCCUCCUCGCACCGCUCACAACGGCGUCAUCACCGCCUACAAGAUCAAGUACCGCAAGACCGGUCGCCGUGGAGACCAGGAGGCCAUCGAGCCCAACAACUUCUGGUACCUGUUCACAGGUCUGGAGAAGGGCAGUCAGUACAGUUUCCAGGUUGCGGCCAUGACGGUGAACGGCUCCGGUCCAGGCAGCGACUGGUUCACCGCCGAGACGCCGGAGAACGACCUGGAUGAGAGUCAGGUUCCCGACCAGCCCAGCUCUCUGCACGUCAGACCGCUCCCCAACAGCAUCAUCAUGUCCUGGACGCCACCGCUCAGCCCCAACAUCCUGGUCCGAGGGUACAUCAUUGGAUAUGGAGUGGGAAGUCCCUAUGCGGACACGGUCAGGGUGGACAGCAAGCAGAGAUACUACUCCAUUGAAAACCUGGAGCCCAGCUCCCACUACGUGAUCUCCUUGAAGGCCUUCAAUAACGCCGGAGAGGGAGUUCCUCUGUACGAGAGCGCUGUCACCAGAUCGCUGACAGACCCCAUUGACCCCUCUGAGGACGACCUCUUCCACCUCUUUGAUAAAUACCCCACUCCCAUGCCAGACACCAGCACUCCCAUGAUCCCCCCGGUGGGGGUCCAAGCCGUCGCUCUGUCCUCAGACUCGGUCCGGGUGUCCUGGGCCGACAACUCCAUGACCAAGAACCAGAAGACGUCCGAGGUCCGGUACUACUCGGUCAAGUGGAAAACCAGCUACUCCACCAGCGGGAAGUACAAGUCUGCAGACACCACCGCUCUCAGCCACACCGUCACCGGCCUCAAGCCCAACACCAUGUACGAGUUCGCCGUCAUGGUGACCAAAGGACGCAAGUCCAGCACCUGGAGCAUGACGGCGCACGCCACCACGUAUGAAGCAGCCCCGAGCUCCGCCCCCAAAGACCUGACCGUCAUCAGUCGAGAGGGACGACCCCGAGCCAUCCUCAUCAGCUGGCAGCCGCCCAUGGAGGCCAACGGGCGGAUCACCGGUUACAUCCUGUACUACACGCUGGAUAAGAACAUGCCGAUCGAUGACUGGGUGAUGGAGGCCAUCAGCGGGGACCGGCUCACCCACCAGGUGGUGGACCUGAACCUGGACACCAUCUACUACUUCAGGAUCCAGGCCAAGAACACCAAAGGAGUCGGCCCUCUGUCCGAGCCCAUCCACUUCAGGACGGCCAAGGUGGAGCAUCCUGAUAAGAUGGCCAACGAUCAGGGCCGAGGAGGAGACCACACCUUCUGGCCAUCAGACACCAACCCGAUUGACAGGAGCAGCAUCAACGGCUCCCCCAUCGGCCAGAUGCGUCCUCCUCACGGCAGCGCCACGCCGCAGAAGAACAGCAACCUGCUGGUCAUCAUCGUGGUGUCGGUGGGCGCCGUCACCGUGGUGGUGGUGGUCAUCGUGGCGCUCAUCUGCACCCGCCGCUCCUCCGCCCAGCAGAGGAAGAAGAGGGCCAGCCACAGUGCCAGCAAGAGGAAAGGCAGCCAGAAGGACCUGAGGCCCCCCGACCUGUGGAUCCACCACGAGGAGAUGGAGAUGAAGAACAUGGAGAAAGCUCCCAGCGUGGCGCCGUCAGGACACGAAUCGCCCAUCCAGUCCUGUCAGGACCUCCCCCAGGUGGCUCACAGCCAAUCAGAGAGCCAGAUGGGCAGCAAGAGCAGCCACUCAGGAGCCGACGCUGACGAGGCGUCCAGCUGCAUCUCCACUCUGGAGCGCUCCCUGGCGGCCAGGAGGGGAACGCGAGGCAAGAUGAUGAUACCAAUGGACCCCCAGCCCAGCAACACGCCCGUGGUCAGCGCCAUACCGGUGCCUGCCCUGGACUCCUCUCAGUACCCCGGCAUCCUGCCCUCGCCGUCCUGCGGCUUCUCCCACAGCAAGUUCAGUCUGAGACCGAUGCCGUUCCCCAGCCUGACCGUGGACAGAGGAUACACUCCAGCCAUACCCACGGACUCCUCCACCAACCCCCUCCUCCAGCAGCAGCCCCCGCCCCAGCAGGCCCCUCCGCUGAUCCCCGUCUCCGCCGCCCCGCCGGGGGAGCUCGUCCCCACGGUGGGGCCGGUCCCGGGGGCCCCCGCCGCCCCGGCCGCCGCGGAGGACGCCCAGGCCGGGGGCAGCCGGACCAUCCCCACCGCCUGCGUGCGGCCCAGCCACCCGCUGCGCAGCUUCACCAACCCGCUGCUGCCUCCGCCCAUGGGCACCAUCGACCCCAAGGUGUACACCUCCAUGCUGCCGCAGUCCAGUGCGAGCCUGCCGAAGCCUCAGGUGAAGACGGCGUCCCUGGGUCAGGCCGGUAAAGCCCGCUCGCCUCUGCUGCCCGUCUCGGUGCCCACAGCGCCGGACCUGCCCGAGGAGGGCGGAGCCAAGCCUGCCGAGGACUCAGCUGCCAACGUUUAUGAGCAGGACGACCUGUCGGAGCAGAUGGCCAGUCUAGAAGGGCUGAUGAAGCAGCUCAACGCCAUUACCGGCUCGGCCUUCUAGCCUCCGCGGCGUCCCGGUGAGCCCGGCGCGGCGCGGCGGUCCCGGUCCUGAGCCACGGUCCGGUCCAGAAGCCUUCCUCAAGCCCGGAUGUCACCUGCCGCCCCGGCUCAGGUCAGAUCCGGGUCUGAAGAGGCCUCUGUGAACUCAGACCUUCUCAGCAGGAUUUGGAUCAAGGGAACGAAAUCGAGGACAUUUUUACCGCAGCACAGCAUCCAAGAACUCCGAGAACAGGACUUCCCUAGGAGUGGAACCCUACCAAGGCUUCGACCUCACACACAAGACUAGAAAAGCCAAUGCUGAGCGCCUCGACCUGAUGGAACAGGAGCCAAGAUCGUUCACAAAAAAAACAAAGCAGACGACGUUCUGAGAUCCUUCUGUUUCUCUGUGGUAUUUAUUAGCAUCCCUGAGUUCUCCUGACUGUACCUCACUCAUUCCUCAUGACCGCUGUGGGAAGGUUUCGUUUCUUUACACUCCGAUUUGCAGGAUGUGUGAAAGGUUUUGAUAAAGUGGUCCGAAAUUACACUCCAGAACACAAACACAUCCUUAACCACCAAAGUUUCAUCAGAGCUUCUUUUUUUUUUUCCCUCCAUGCAGACUCAGUGUUGCCGUCUCUGGUAUCUUGAAGUGAUCCUCGCUCAUGGAAGCGUAAAGCUGUGAAGCAGACUGGAUGAACCCUCUCACCAGACCCGGAGCCCCUUCAGUCUAGUCUAGUCACACUGCAGUCUCCACAAGCUUCCCGUCUUUCUCCGUCUGCUAGAGUCCCGGUGAGGGGGGGGUUAGAGUAGACCUGUUUACCGACGCCUGAACCACGACGCUCAAAGAACCAAAGUCAGAGAGAAAGAAGACGUGAUCACAACACAGCAGUCUGGGAUCCUUCAUUAAUCCUCUCUGGAUCCGGUUUCAAUCACACUGUAGCCAAACGGGGACUGUUGACUAGAUUAAGGAUCCUGUUUCUGGACUUUAUGCUCGUUUGAUCUCAGCGAGAAUUAAAAAGACAAAAAAUUCAAAGAUUUGAUGCUCUAUUGGAAAUCCGGGCCGAGGAGAGCGCACUGAGCUGUUUGGUUUAUUUUGUGAGAUGAUGUGGAAGUCAGUGAAAUCAUCCUUUGUCUUACUAUUGUUGCUCAUUAGGUGUGUGUGUUUGUGUUGGGGUGUGUGUGUGUGUGUGAUGUGUUUGGACUUCUCAUCAGAAGAACUCGUGUACCUCCGUCCACCCACAUGGAUAUAAAAACAACAACCCUCCAGCUUCACUUUCACGUCACUUCAGGGGCUUCACUUUGUUUUCUGACGUUUUUUUUAUACAAAACUGAAAAGACAAACACAAAAAAAACUUACUCCACAAAGUCUAUUUUUACAUGAAGUGUCCUGUCAGAGCUGUGUCGGUUUUCUUUAACAAAGGUGUGCAGAAAGAGAAUUUACCCACAAACACGGAUCCUCCACCUUUAAAGGUACAGUGUGUAAAGAUCCAGACCGAGACAUUAACGGGCAGGAGAGAGACGCUGCGGCCGCCGCCGAGGCCGCGGUGCGUUUGAACGUCUGUCCCAGCGAGCGAUGCGAGGGGGGCGGAGGCAGCCGCAGUACGGAGGCCAAUUCGUAUGCAGGGGAGGUUUGUGCGCGCGAGCCUCAGAGGAACCAGGCCGUCAGUUCAUUACAGUUUCAGAUAUUAGGAUUCAGGCUCACGUUCGCCGAGCCGUUACACCGGCAGGAGAGAGUCCCGGGAUGGAGGAGAAGGAAAGGUAACGUCUCGGCG